AUGGAGGGCAAAAAAGACAUCAAGGACUGCGUCCUCUGCGGGAAGGCCUGCAAGAAAGCCACCCGCAAGGAUUUCUCCUGCGGCUGCGAUCCCUAUUGCACCACCUGCGCGACCGCCUACUUGAAGUCGUGCCUCUCGAAGCCGUUCUUCAAGCCCAAGUGCGACGGCGGCUGCGGAUCCCAGAAGCCCUUCCCCGAUCUCUGGGCGCGUCAGUUGCUCCGCCGCAAGGAUGCUACAACCUACUUCGACCUGGGCUCUGAGGCCGAUGAGGUCUCCCGCAACGCCGCCUUGUACUGCCAUGAUGCCGCCUGCGGCCGCUACAUCCCGCCUCGUUACCGCUUCGGUCUGAACAACGACGCCGCCACUGUUGACGGCACUGGUACUUGUCCUUGCGGAAAGCUCACCUGCAUUGGAUGCGGCGAUAAGGUUCACCAGGGCGAGAACUGUGCCGAGGUUCAGGCUCGCUGGGAGGCGGAGGGAAAGCUCAAAGAGGAGCUCGAGCGCCAGAGUCAUCGUACCAUGGGGCAGUUGAGCAUCAAGCAGAGCCCUAAGUGUCAGUACGCCGCUGAGAAGGCUGAUGGUGGCUGUAAUCACGUUCAAUGCGCGUCUUGCGGGAAGACCUUUGACUGGGACACGGCAAGCAUUGUUGACUACAGCAAGUUCGUCGACGGCAAGUCUGACGAUGGCAAGCCGGAAGGUAUCAAGUCCGAAGAUGAGAAGUCUACUUAUGGCAACUUGGAGUCUUUCGAGUUCAACCCUUUUGAGGAUAAGCCCGCCGAGAGCGAGUUCGCCGAGAACAAAGCCGUCAACGCCAACUAUUCCGAAGUCAUGGCUAUUGAUGAGCCUACCAACACUCUGUAG